AUGCUGCGCGGCCUCAGCUCCAAGUACCGGCAUGCGAUCCCGGCAAUCACUUCUCGUCAACCACCACACUCCUUCCUCUCGGCGCGCUCCUAUCUUCUCCUGGAGGAACAAUACGACAAGGAGCACGCAAAAACUGCCACGCAGCACGCACUGCUUGCCAGUGGUGGAUCCAAGCCCGCCCCAUCCCCCGACGGCAGCUCCACCAACACCUCAUCUACCAAUCAACAGUUCACACCUCAGAACAAUGGCGGUCAGGGUGGUUCUGCACCCCGCCACAACAACAGCAACCGGGGCGGUGGAGGUGGCGGUGGCCGUGGGCGUGGCCGCGGCCGUGGCCGUGAUCGCAGUCAACAGCAGCAGCAUCAAGGUGGUUCCAAUGCCCGCGGAUCACCAGCCUGGACUCCCGGCGUCAAUCCAUGGACCGGAAUGGUCCAGGCAUGGCAGAUGCCCUUCCGCACCCCUGCCACCAGUGUUCUUGGACCUCGACCUGGCACGGCAUCGAACGAAGCGUACUUUGCUGCCUAG